CAUCGGGGGCAUUUCGAUAUAUAUUGCCGCGUCAGUCUUAGUUUUCAUGUCGGCUUCCUGUUGAACGAAGCCCUCCCGGAAUUGAAAUCAAAUAAAAUUCAAUUUCGUUAAAGAAUGGCCGCCAAUCAGGCACUCGUGUCGAAACUGUAUCGUGGCGUUAUUGAAGAUGUUAUCAACGGGGUUCGAGAGGCGUUUCUUGACGAAGGAAUCGAUGAGGCUGUACUUCUUGAAUUGAAGCAGAAUUGGGAAAACAAAUUGCAGUCCAGCAAAGCAAUCGACCCUGUGACCGAUCCUGCUGAAACUUCUCUCCAAAGCAAACUGCAACAAAGGUCUUCUUUGCCGUCAAAAGCAGGUCAGCAGGCUAGCUCUACAGCUCCUGCGAACAAUUCUACACCUCAACAGGCAGCCCCUACGGCAAAGCAACCAGAAGCAGCAGCAGCAGCCCAAACCCCAGCGACUACCCCUAAUGCAGCUACAGGUGCAGCAACAACAGCAGCAGCUGCAGCCCCUGCUACGACAACAGUAAGGACGGUGCCAGUCCAAAUCACUGUUCCUCCUCAGGCUGGAGUAGCAGGUCAUACAGCAGCCAAGAGCAUCACUGUUCACGUUCCAGCUCAUGCUCUUCAAGGUGGCGCAGCGGGAGCGCAGCUGCAAACGAUCCUGAGUUCACCGGCUGUGACGGCGGCUCUCUCUCUUCCAGUUGAAAUGGCCACGACUGUCUUGCAGCAGCACAUUAAUAACGCGUUGCAGUCGACAGCUGCACGGAGCCAAUCGCGAACUGACAAUGGAGGAGUCACACAGUUGGAUGGACCCGGAGACUCUUCGGACGACGACGACGAUGUUGAAGAUGAUGACGACGACGACGUGGAAGAAGAGGACGAUCAUGACGACGAGGAGAUUGACGCAGACAACGAAGAGAACGCAGACGAGGAGCCACUCAACUCUGAAGAUGAUGUGACUGAUGAUGAUCCCUCAGUGUUAUUUGAAACUGAUAACGUCGUCGUGUGCCAGUACGACAAGAUUACGAGAAGUCGAAACAGGUGGAAGUUUCAUCUCAAGGACGGCAUCAUGAACAUUAACGGUCGCGAUUACGUCUUUCAAAAGGCCAACGGUGAUGCAGAGUGGUGAAAAUAUUCAAGGUUGAAAUUGCGCUACUAGGGGAAAAUCAAGAUAAUGUUUCAUUUAAUACAAUCCGGAGGAAUUUCGCUUUCAAUUUAAGGAUUUUUCGUGUGCCUGUGCGUGUGUGUGCAUGUGCGGAAUUUCUUUUUUUUUUUUCAUGUCGGGUGUUGGAUGAGCGGUGGAGAGGAGAAAAUACCUGGGGACAAAGAAACAAAAGCCAUUCGUGUUUGUCCUCCCUCGCUUCUUUUGUUUCUUUUUUUGUUAACACACAAAACUUUCCGAAUUCUUUUUUUUGUCUCAUCUUUUCCCUGUUCGCUGCAGAAGCUGUUGUCGCCCCCUUUUGAUUCAGGAAUAUUUAGAAGAAGAAGAAAAUAUAUGUUUAAAUUCCCAAGAA